UUUCUUUGGAACCACCACCUAGCCGUCCGCCACAAGCGCGUUCCCCGCACGAGGACACGCGGUGAAACCGAAAUUUGAUUCGUACAGAAGAAAAACAACCAGGGCGCGUCGCGGUUACCAAGAACAAUUUAACAGACCCUAUCUUUUCAACCUCUUAACCAAAAACACUCAACACAACUGAGAAUGGCACCACCUGCUUCAAAAUCUGGCGGGAAAUCCAAACCUGGCGCAGGUAGUGGAGGAGGCAAUGCUCAACAAAAGACGAUGGUUACACGUAGUCAGAAGGCUGGGUUGCAGUUCCCGGUUGGUCGUAUUCACCGAUACCUCAAACAACGUACACAACACAAUGUCCGUAUUGGCGCAAAGGCGGCUGUCUACACCUCCGCGAUACUGGAAUAUCUUACUGCUGAGGUGCUUGAAUUAGCAGGGAAUGCCUCGAAAGAUCUCCGCGUAAAACGUAUAACACCUCGACACUUACAACUCGCCAUUCGUGGAGACGAAGAACUUGAUACUCUAGUUCGUGCGACGAUUGCUGGCGGAGGUGUUCUUCCUUUCAUUCACAAGAGCUUAACGGGACCCAUGAAAGCCCCACCGAAGAAGCUUGGAGAACCUGUUGCAGCAUGAGCACUGUCUGUAGGGGCCGUCUUUCCUAACUGUCACACCUAUCCUUAUUUUUCCCUGAUUACCUUUGUCUUUACCUCCGUAUGCUUCCCGUCUGUACUAGUACUGUGAAAAUACCAUAUUUAGUUAGAUUUU